AUGGAGGCGGAGCCGCCGCUUUACCCAGUGGUGGGAGCCCCGGGCCCGCAGGGUGCUGAGGACCCGCUCGGGGUCCCCGACGGGCUGGAAGCCCCGCUGGACGAGCUGGUGGGCGCGUACCCCAACUACAACGAGGAGGAGGAGGAGCGCCGCUACUACCGCCGCAAGCGCCUGGGGGUGCUGAAGAACGUGCUGGCGGCCAGCGCGGGAGGCGCGCUCACCUACGGCGUCUACCUGGGCCUCCUGCAGAUGCAACUGAUCCUGCACUAUGAUGAGACCUACCGGGAGGUCAAGUACGGCAACAUGGGGCUACCGGACAUCGACAGCAAGAUGCUCAUGGGCAUCAACAUGACCCCCAUCGCCGCACUGCUCUACACGCCGGUCCUCAUCAGGUUUUUUGGCACCAAGUGGAUGAUGUUCCUGGCCGUGGGCAUCUAUGCCCUCUUUGUCUCCACCAACUACUGGGAGCGCUAUUACACACUCGUGCCUGCGGCCGUCACCCUGGGCAUGGCCAUCGUACCCCUCUGGGCCUCCAUGGGCAACUACAUCACCAGGAUGGCGCAGAAGUACUAUGAGUAUGUGCACUACAAGGAGCAGGAAGAGCAGGGUCCCAGGCAGCGCCCACCGAGGGGCUCCCACGCCCCCUACCUCCUGGUCUUCCAGGCCAUCUUCUACAGCUUCUUCCACCUGAGUUUCGCCUGUGCCCAGCUGCCCAUGAUCUACUUCCUAAACCACUACCUGUACGACCUGAACCACACGCUGAGCAGCGUGAAGAACUGCGGCACUAAUAGCCACGGCAUCCUCAGCGGCUUCAACAAGACGGUGCUGCGGAUGCUGCCGCAGAGCCGAAACCUCAUCGUGGUGGAGAGCGUGCUCAUGGCCGUGGCCUUCCUGGCCAUGCUGCUGGUGCUCGGCCUGUGCGGCGCUGCCUACCGGCCCACGGAGGAGAUCGACUUGCGCAGCGUGGGCUGGGGCAACAUCUUCCAGCUGCCCUUCAAACACGUGCGUGACUUCCGCCUGCGCCACCUGGUGCCCUUCUUCAUCUACAGCGGCUUCGAGGUGCUCUUCGCCUGCACUGGGCUCGCCCUGGGCUACGGCGUUUGCUCCAUGGGACUGGAAAACCUGGCGUCCCUUCUGGUGGCUUACAGUCUGGGUGCCUCGGCUGCCUCCGCCCUGGGCCUGCUGGGGCUGUGGCUGCCACGCUCGGUGCCCCUGGUGGCCGGGGCCGGUCUGCACCUGCUGCUUACCCUUGGCCUCUUCUUCUGGGCCCCCGUGCCCAAGAGCCUUCAGCACAGCUGGAUUCUCUACUCAGCAGUCGCCCUCUGGGGUGUAGGCAGUGCCCUCAACAAGACCGGGCUCAGCAGUGAGUAUCGCAUGGGCACUGGGUGAGGUUCCUGUGGACACUCCAGGCAUGGAAGGCUGUCCUAUGGACAGUGUAGAGGCAGCUGGGGGAGCUUGUGGACACUGGACCAGUGUGAGAGCAUGUGGACACCAGAUGGGUGUGAAGCUCCUUGGCCCCCCUGUGGUGACACUGUGGAAAAACAGGGGGCACUUGCUUUUUACUGAAGGCCUGGGUACCCCCGCAGGUCUCUGCCUAGGUUCUUAAGUAGCAAGAGGGGCCCCGCCUGCAUCCCAGGGACACAAGCAGAGGAUGCAGGAUGGGUGUGUGUCUGCGGGGACACA